UCACUGCUACUCUUCUUCUUCUUCUUCUUCCUCCUCUUUCUCUCUGACAUGAAAUUCCUCAAUCCUCUCUCCUCUCUCUUCACCCACAUCAAAUCCUCUCUCCUCUCACUGCUUCCGCUCCCGGAGAAAAAUCCUACAUCCGAACCCGCGCCGGCGCCGGACAUGUCGCCGCCGUCCUUCCUCGACCUCCCCGAUCUCGUCCUCGAGUGCAUUCUCCAGAAGCUUCCAUCGGAGGGGCUCUGCAGAAUGGCCGCCGUCUGCACCGCCCUCCGCGGCAUGUCCGCCGGAGACCAUCUCUGGGAGGGCCAUCUCCGCCGCAAAUGGGGCAGUAUCAUCAGCCCCAACGCGCGCCGAGAAUGGAACCUACUUCGAGAAGCUUCUAGAAGAUCCGCCAGCGUGAGGGAGAAAGGCGUCGCCUUGGUCGACUACCUUAUCCAUUUGUGGCCGCUCGCAUUGAUUAGAUCUUCCGGCUUAACCUCCAAUCCCGCCGGAAAAACCAAUUUCCCCCCGCCGGACUCUGUCAUGUCCUGGUAUCUCGCUCUCGAGCGCGGCGAUUUUUGGUUCCCCGCUCAGGUCUACAACCGCGAGAACGGUCACAUCGGAUUUAUGCUGUCCUGCUACGACGCCGAGCUCCGCUACGACCGCCGCAGCGACACCUUCCAGGCGAGAUAUCCGCCGCACGGUCGGAGAAUGAGCGCGAUAGAGACCGGCGUGACGUGGAACCGUCUCAGAGCACCUCCGGUCGAAACUUCACCGCACGAUCUCCAUAUCUCCGAUUGCCUGAAAGAGCUCCAACCAGGCGAUCGGAUCGAAAUCCAAUGGCGACGAAACAAGGAAUUCCCAUACGGUUGGUGGUAUGGCGUCGUAGGCCACUUGGAAACAUGCGACCGGAACCCCCAAUAUUGUCGGUGUGGCGAUAACGACACUAUUGUUCUCGAGUUCAACCAAUACAUGCGAGGAUCGCGUUGGAGGAUGAAGACUGUACACCGGAAGGAUCACCGGGAAGAAGGAAAUGAAACCGAUGGAUUUUAUGGUGGGAUAAGAAAACUACAUAGCAAUGACGAGAUUUCCACGUGGGAGAAGCUCUGGCCGACGCAGGUAUUGGAGUGAGACACCGAUAGCCAACUAUUGUACAUAAUUUUUAUCGCGGGUUGGAUGUCCCUACCAGGACAAAAUUGGUGGAUGGAUUGUGUGCGUGUUUAAGAUCCACAAACUUAUAAAUUUUUAGAGCGGGAGAGAGGUCGAUGCUUGAGGCUAGACUCAGCGCAUGUACAUUAUCGAGUUCGCCCAUUAGAUGUAUCAUUCAAGACUCUGAAAAAUCAAAUUUAUCACUAGAAUGUCGAUCUACGGGGAAUAUUUGAAGAUUUGGUUAUAUGAAAUGGCUUCUACGAAUAGUUCGAUCU